CAACAUAUUUUCUAGAUAGAGAGAAAAAGUCUAUUGCUAGCAGCAAGACUUUUAUUAAAUUUUUUAGAUUUUUUCCAAGUUUUGCACAGCCCAUUGUAGCGUUGCGUGAUAAUAUUUGGGUAUUCGUUUCGAUUUGAAUGAUGGGAGACGACGCGGACCAGAACCACAACGAAGUACCCACUCCGGAAGGUGUCAUAUGGCACGAUGUGGUGGACAGAAUUGAAUUUGAAUGCCGGACAUUCAGCACUGGUAAUAUGGAUGCACAGGAACGUCGUAGUCAAGUGGAGUGUGCCCUCAAUCGAGUGAUGCCGUGGAAUGAUGUACACUUUUCCCGAAUCAAUCUACCCCAUUCGCAUCCCUUUGAGUGCAGCAAUCCCACCGAUUACAGGCGCAUGGUGACCGAAAAUAUGGGCGCCACAACGCUAGUUUGCAUCGGAACAGCCACUUUCUGGUGUAUUCCUUCACUUCUGCAAUUCCAUUGCAAUUAUUUCGAACGCCACAUUCGCCGGGCGUAUCGCUUUCGCGAGGGCGCUGACCUUACUGCCGUGGGUUUUCGAGCUGCCUACGAUUGGAUGAGAUUGCAAGAGUCCCUGGGAAACGAUAUAGGACCGGGGCAAGUGGUUGCCAUGCUGCACACGGCCAUGCAACUAGAGAUGCGAGCACUGCAGACGGACUGUUAUCGAUUCCUGUGCGGAGCCCACUUUCGAGAGGAGAUCGCCUUCGAGGUUUACUUAAAGGCCCUGAAGUAUCCCGAACUCGAAGCGCUCCGCAAGGUGAUGCUUCAGAGGAUCGGGGCUCAUUUUCUGGCCGUGGUUGGGGGAAUUCAUUUUCGGCAGAUGCCCUUUGAGGACGUGAUGACCUUGAUGUACCAGGAUUCUUUGGGUGUCAAUUCCGAGGUGGAGGUCUUAGUGGCCCUAAUCUGUUGGCUAUCCCAUCGUCCGCAGGAAAUACCAAAGCUUAUGCCACAGCUGAUUGGGUGUGUAAGGCUCACCCUAAUGCCACUACCCGUUCUACACAAACUGUGGGACACAUCUUCGGUGUCCAGCAGACCCUCGGAUCCCGACUGUACUUUUUGGGAAGCUUUUCAUAACGAUGUCAAAAUGCGGAAGAGGAUCAGUGUUGCGAUCACUGUGGCAUCGCUGCGACUUCUGCAUCCCACUCGUCGAGCAUUUCUCGAAUCCCUGGAGGAUAUUGGAGUGGAGGCCCCAAGGGAGUGGAUAUACGACGAAGCGUGUUCCUAUCACUUGCCGUACCCCAAGGGUCCCUAUUGCCAUGUUGUGAAUGGUCGAGGAAUUCUUUCCUAUGUCUGGCAGAGAGCUCAGGUAGAGAGGGAGUUCCAGACGGCAUUUGCAAGGCGUUCAAGGUCCCUCUUGCCAGCUACCAAUGAUCUGCAGACCAUCGAAGAGGUACCAGAGGAAGAUAGAGGGGAGGAGAAUCGCGAAGAAGCCGCGGGACCUGAACCUAAAAGCGAAGAUCUUACCGCAGCAACCCAGCAGGUAAUGGACGAGGGCGAUACCCGCCUGGCUGGACAGCUUAGGGAACUUAACAGACUUCGGAUGCAAGCACAAUUACUAGCGGACGCUCGUCUUUCACGGCGAUUGAGAUCGAGGACUCGUAAUCUUGAUACCUCUUCAGAAUCCGGGAAUGAUUUGGAAAUAAUCGCUACCGUUGGAUCCGAUUAUGUGAUACACCCCUUACGAGUGGAAUUUCGCCCCCGGCAUAAUGGGAAUAGCUUUCCUGCCAUGUCUCCGGCUAUGGAAGAUAGUCCCCUUUACAGACGUUGGGAGGAAGCACGAAGGCGUGAGGCUCAAGUCGGAUUCAGGGAGUCUGAGGAUGAGGAUGAGGAUGAGGAUGACGAUAAGGAACUGAACGAAAAUUACUUGAUGGAGUUGGAAUAUAUGUGCACUGAAAUGGAUCUAUUUCUGCCCCAUGAAGAGGAUCCUCAGCCUCCCGAACCGGAAGUAACACCAGCCGAGGACCAGAUUCGUCCCCUCGAGACCUAUGUGCAGGAAACAGAUCGCCUGAUCAGAGGGUUGUUAAAGCAUCUUGACGAGAAUGUGAUGCCUCAGGCCCCUUAGAGCUCAGUUUAUUGAUGUAUAGCCCCUUUAAAUUGCUGUUCACCAAAACAGCUAGUGGAUGUAGUUAUUAUUUCGAGUUACAAAUUUAACAUUAAAAUUGU